AUGCGCUACUCGAACUCGGCCCUAUUCGUCCUCCUGGUGCUGGGAGCCCUCAGCAUCGACCCCGUGUGGUGCCUGAGCGACGGCCCUGACCUGCCAUCGUCGUCAUCAUCGUCAUUGUCAUCUUCGUCUGCAUCAUCGUUCGAGGGCCUCGCCAACGAGAAGCCCGCCCUGGCCGAGGGGGCGCCCCCUCCCGUCAUCCAGGGCCUCCCGCCCAACAACGUUGAAGCCGACGUCGUCGUCGUCGCCGUCGACUUGAUGCCCAGGCAGGACGACCACGACGAGGUGACCGUCGAUCCACCGGUGCAGCCGCCACAGAUCGACGACGACGGCGACGACAUGAACAGCAUCGGCCCCAACAGCACCGACACCGAAGAUGAAUCCUCCGAGCCCCUGCCCUCUGACCCCGGCCCCGGCGGCUCGUCGUCGGGACCAGAGGCCGUCGUGGUGGUGGUGAACCUGGUCGGCUGGUCCCUGGCCGCGGUGGGCGCCAUGUGCCUGUUCUACGGCGUGCUGCGGGUGAGCCGCCGGGCGUCGGCCUGGGCCUGGGGCCCGUCCAGCGCCUUCCCCCAGCCCCUGUUCUUUGCCGACCCGCCCACGCCGUCGUCGCAGCUCUUGGCCUCCAGCAACAGCGGCGAGACGGGGAUGGUGGUCGUCUACACUCCGCAGCCUCUCGAAGACCGCGAGCCCAUAGGCUGUGAGGCCGAGUGCAGCGCGUCGGACGCCGACCACCACGCCUACCAGAAGCUGGGCGCCAUCGCCGCCGUCUGA